UCUAGAUGCAGAUAGUCUAGCGUUGACUUUAGAAUUUUGAGUGGACCUCAAGAUCUCUCUUUGGUUGAAGACCAAUGACCACAUUGACAAACCACCAUGGAUGAAUUUUUUCUGAAAAGAAGAAGAAGAUCUGGUUAUGGUGCUAGUUAUGAAUUAAUUCACACCAGUCCUUCUGAGUUCAGAGCCACAGUUCAAAGAUUUACUGGCCAUUCAAAUUCAUACAAUUUAUUUGAUCGUUGUUUAGAAGAACUAAAUAGACUCCUCUCAUAUACUGACUGCCUUCUAAUACAAAGAUGUCAAAUUUCUUGUUAUUGUCGACAGCUGAGGUUGUUGUCUAAGGAAUUCCGAAGAACAUUAACCACAUGUCAUGAGAGUUAUCUGUCUGAGUUAUUAACUGAUCCAACACUACAUAUUCUUGUUACCAGGAUAAUCGAGCAUAAGAUCCUAGGAUCAAGAAGCAGUGGCUUCUUGGAUUUUAGUCAAGAUCUUAAUGCUGUUGGAGGCCGUAUAGCGUUUGAAGUGGCUGUGAUUUACAAAGCCUGCAGUCAAGAUUUUGACAAGGCCUCCAAAGACUUGGCUUCCAGAUUUUAUUUUGACAAGAAGACUUUUCAAGAAUAUGAGGAGGUUUUGGUUGGAUUCCAAGAGGAGGCAAAUUCUCUACUCCAGCAACUUGCAAGUAUCACGAAGAAGCGGCUUCAAGUGAUCUCAAUUGUGGGGAUGGCUGGAAAUGGUAAGACAACAUUGGUUAGAAAGCUUUAUAAUGAUCCUUAUGUGGUAUCGUACUUCCAUGUUCGAGCAUGGGUUACUUGCUCUCAAGUUUAUGAUAAGAGGGAUUUAUUGCUUGCUAUUCUAAGGUCUGUUGUUGAGAUUACAGAUGAAGUUUAUUCUAAGAAUGAUGGUAUGCUAGCUCAUGAUGUGUAUCGUGCUUUAAAGGGGCGGAGAUACCUUAUUGUAGCUGAUGAUAUAUGGAGUAAUGAGGCAUGGGAUGAUUUAAAAAGAUCUUUUCCAGAUGACAACAUGGGGAGUAGAAUUAUGCUGACAACCCGGCUCAAAGACGUAGCCUUGCAUGCACAAACUGAUGGGCAUCCACUUUGUUUGCGUUUCCUAACUGAAAAAGAGAGUAUUGAUCUUUUUGGAAGGAAAGCUUUUGUGACCACAGGUAUCUCUUCCGAUUUCAUUGUGAUAGGAAUGAGAAUUGCAAGAAAAUGUCAUGGGUUGCCUCUAGCUAUUGUUGUGAUUGCUGGACUGCUCAAAAAUAAUUUGAAGAUUGAUUGGUGGGCGCAUGCUGAGGAAAGUUUAAGUUCAUACAUUGUGACUGAUGAAAGUCAAUUUAUGGAUACACUAGCAUUGAGUUAUAACAACCUGCCACAACACUUAAGAUCUUGCUUUCUGUUUUUUGGAGCAUUCCCAGAAGACCAUGAUGUCCCAGUACGUAAGUUGAUUUGGUUAUGGAUUGCAGAGGGGUUCAUACAUCACAAUGACACAGAAAAGAACUUGGAGGAUGUUGCAGAGAAUUACUUGAUGGAUCUUAUAGGGAGAAGUCUGGUCGUUGCAGGUAGGAAAGGUUCCAAUGGUGCAAUCAAAACAUGCCAUAUCCAUGACCUCUUGCGCGAUUUGUGCUUAAAAAAAAUUGAGAAGGAGAACUUCUCACCAAACAUAUACAACUACAAUAGAUUUUCUCAUUCUUUGACAAAUUCUUUUACAGAAUCCCAACUUUUGCUCAGCCCAAAUGUCCUUCCUGGUCCAUCAACAAGCUCUUGGUAUUGUCCUGAAUUCUUACCGUCAUUUUUUAAGGAAAAAUCUAUUGCAGUGGAAAGUUCCAAAUUUAUUAGGGUUCUGGAUCUCUCUUCCAUAGAAUUGUUUGCAUUUCCAUCUGAAUUAUUACAACUGGUACGCUUGAGGUACUUAGAAAUUCGGUUCAGGUCUGGUAACCUUCCAGAAUCCAUAUCUGACCUUACAGAACUGCUUACUCUUAUCAUCUCAUCAAAGAAGAAUGUUUUUGUUCACAAGAAUAUAUGGAAGAUGAUAAACUUGAGGCAUCUCUGUAUCAAAACGGGGAAAAAUGUUUUGAAAAUUCUUGAAGAAGAACCUGGUUUUUUAGAAAACUUGCAGACCUUGUCACUAGUGAGCCCUGCUAGGCUGAGUCCUAUUGUCUUGGCUAGAAUUCGCAAUUUGAAGAAGCUAGGUCUUUGUGGACCCUUGACAACAAAGUGCGGAGAGUUCAAACUUCCUGAUCUAGGCCUUCUAAUGCAUCUUGAAAUAUUGAAGUUGUUUAACACAACUGUUUUGUGCAACGCAGGUAGAUUAAGCAAUUCAAUUAUUUUUCCUGAAACUCUCAAGAAGCUUACAGUGUCAAAUACUUGUUUGGAUUGGACCGAAGCUUGGGUGUUCCAAAUGAUUCCUAAGCUUGAAGUUCUCAAAUUGAAAUUUCAUGCCUUUGUUGGUAAAUACUGGGAAACAAGUCCAAAUACAUUCCCUAGUCUCAGACUUCUAAAACUCGAUGAAUUGGAUGUGGAGAAUUGGACAGGUUUUCGUGACCACUUUCCAGUGCUUCAGCGCUUGCAGGUUUGGCGAUGUCCAUGUCUUUUGGAAAUUCCGGAAGACUUUGGUAAUAUUUGCACACUUGAGUGGAUUGAGUUAAGCGGGUGCAACCAUGCUGCAAAAAAUUCUGCCAGGGAGAUUCAGAAAGAGCAAGAGAGAAAUGGUAACGAUUCGCUUAAGAUCCUUCAUCCUUCUCAACCCUGGACUAACAAAUCCCAUACCCAAGAGGGCAGGUCAGCCAGCCGCAGGUUUUUGCUGAAAAACAGGUGACGCCGCUACCCUGCUCCUCCUCUGCCUGGAGGCUUCUUGACAGCAUCUUGCUAACUGUCUUCCUCUGCAUGGUUUUCGAAACAUACAUGCAUUAGACUGCCUAUUCAUAGUUGCUAGUCAGCUAGGUUGUUCUGCCCAUAGUUAUUUCUUUGCCUGUCUCUUGAGCUUGCCAGUGUUUAAUCCUCGAUUAGCCUGGGAGAUUAAUUAUCAAUUAGGCCCUGUACUUCUUCCUUGUUCAAGUCUUUAAUUAUUCAAGUUCGCGGAAGAAAAAAAGCCAGACAGGGAACAUUUUUAAUCUUGCGACUAAUCCAAGACCGAUAACUAGCAUGAUAUGGAACGAAAUCAGAUUCAGUACCACCAGCUUCUUGGAGUAAAAGCAUUACUACAUUACAGGAAUUAAUAAAG